UCUUUUUGACAAAAAGAAAAGAACUUUUUCUAAAGGUGGAACACACCCUUAGUCCCCUCUCUUUGUAUUACUCCGCCGAGCAACAGACUGGGGAGACAAGUUUGGUAUAGAUGGCGGCUCAAAUAAUCCGAGAAUGGUCUGGAAUUCAGCAGUUUCCUCUUGCUACUCAAACCAAACUGCUUGAAUUGCUUGGAAAGCUCAACCAGGAGAACGUGAGCACACUGACAAUACUUGUCAUGGGGAAAGGUGGCGUUGGGAAAUCUUCUACUGUGAACUCGAUUGUGGGUGAGAGAGUAGUUGCUGUCAAUGCUUUCCAGUCAGAAGGACCAAGACCUGUCAUGGUUUCCCGUACUCGGGCAGGUUUUACGCUAAACAUAAUCGACACUCCAGGGCUUGUUGAAGGAGGAUAUGUCAAUGACCAAGCACUUGAGAUCAUUAAAAGGUUUCUUUUGAACAAGACUAUUGAUGUUUUACUUUAUGUGGACCGUCUGGAUGCGUAUAGAAUGGAUAACUUGGAUACACAGAUUGUCAAAGCUAUAACUGAUAGUUUUGGUAGAGAAAUAUGGCAGAGAGGAUUGGUAGUCCUGACACAUGCUCAAAUGUUACCUCCGGAUGGUUUGAGUUAUGAGGAGUUCUUGUCUAGAAGAUCAGAAGCUCUUUUAAAAGUUGUUCGCGAUGGAGCUCGGAUGAAGCUGCAAGAUAAGCAGGGUUCUUCUAUUCCUAUUGUUUUGGUUGAGAAUGGUGGGAGAUGUAACAAGAAUGAUGAUGAUGAGAAGAUCCUUCUAAAUGGCAUUGCUUGGAUUCCCAAUCUAGUGAAAAAGAUAGUAGAGGUCGCUUUGAAUGAGGGGAGGGGUAUUUUGGUUGAUAAAAAGUUGAUUGAGGGGCCAAACCCAAAUCAAAGGGGGAAGAGAUUCAUUCCUUUGAUUUUGGCAUUUCAAGUGAGCUUUCUAACCUUGCGGGUUUCUGUGUGUGGAAUUGGCUCCUCUCUGGUCCCUGGACCAAACAGCCUCUUUAGUGGGCCCACUAGAGGUUUCAUUUUGAUGAUACCUACAGUUCAUUUCGUAGAUCAUGAUGUUUAGAUCAUCAGUUGGAAAAAAUGCAGCUUAUUGGACAUCUAUAGCCCUCUUAACAAGUCACAUUUGCUUGAAAAAAAUGGACGGCCAGAAUUUUGAUCAUCCAUUUCCCCAAAACAAGUAUGAUGUGUUCAGGCCCUAACAGGUGUCCUAUUAAUUUGAUUUUUUGGUAUGGAUGAUGUACACAGCAUGCUCUACAAAAUGAACACUCCAACUAGCCAAAUGGGUUUCGAGGUGUGCCCCACGGAAGGGACUGUUCACUCCAAAAUAACUUUAAGGGACUUGAGACUUGAGAGGUGCCAAGUUCGCUGUGUAUUCCUCUAACUCUUGGCGUAGAACUUGAGCGUGCAUAGUUGUUAAUGUCUUUUUUUUUUUUCCCCAGUUCCUUGUUGUCAAAUUGAUAAAAGGAUCUAUUGUGGAUGAUAUUCCAAGACAAAGUAAACUCGCAUGG